AUGGACAAUCUAAACGAAACCAUAGAAUUUGGACGUUCUUGGCGUUCGAAAUUUCUUUUAGAAAAUGAUUAUAUUCCUCUCAACCAAGGAUCAUUCGGUGCCUAUCCUAAGGCUAUACAAAAAGCAUUGCGUGGCUAUCAGGAAAAGUUUGAAUCCAAUCCUGAUUUAUGGAUUCGAAGAAACCUCGAAAUAGAAUUAACUAAGGCUAGAGAUGCAAUUGCCGAAUUUGUAAAUGCAGAUGCGGAUGACGUUGCUUUUGUGCUAAAUAGCACUACUGGAAUAAAUGCUGUAUUGAAAAGUUUAGUUUAUGAAUCGGGUGACAAAAUAAUUUAUUUUUCUACGAAUCAUACUGCCGUGAAAAACUUGUUGCAAUUUAUUCGUAAUCUCAAUUAUGAUAAACUGGAACUUUUGAAAAUUGAUGUUAAUUAUCCGAUUUCCGAUGAAGAAUUAAUUUCCAAUAUCAUUAAAGUUAUUCAAGAAGAACAACAAAAGCCAAAUUCAAGAAUCAAGCUGGCACUUGUUGAUGCCAUAUCGUCCAUCCCUGGUGUUAUCUUACCUUUAAAACAAAUAUUAACAAUUUUACGAGAACACAAUAUUCUUUCUGUGGUUGAUGGUGCUCAAUCAGUUGGACAAAUUCCAAUUGACCUAAAAGACCUUGAUCCUGACUAUUUUGUGUCAAGCUGUCAUAAAUGGUUAUAUUGUGCUUAUAGUGUCGCCAUCCUCUACGUUUCAGAAAGGAACAAGAAGAAUUUACAUCAUCCUGUCACUUCAGUUUAUUAUAACGAAGGAUUUCCUCGUGAAUUUUCCUGGGUUGGAGCCCAGGAUUAUUGUCCCUAUUUGACGGUCCUCUCUGCACUGGAGUUUCGUCGGGAAAUCGGUGGAGAAGAAAAAAUUCGUACUUAUUGUCAUGAUUUAGUUGUCAAGGGUGGAAAACUAAUUGCUUCGAUUCUUGGCACUGAAAUCAUAGGCCCAGAACAUAUAAUUCCAAAUAUGAUUAAUAUCCGUCUCCCCGUCGAUAUUUCUAACGAAAAAAUUUCAUUAGAAACACUCAAUAAUCUUUUAUUUGAUAAAUAUAAUUGUUAUGUAUCACCGUUCAAACAUAAUGGUUAUUGGUACGUUAGAGCUAGCGCGCAGAUUUAUAACGAUUUGUCUGAUUUUGAAAAAGUCGGUAAAGCUUUAAGAGAGAUUUGUGAGAAUUUUAAUAAAAUGGUGGAAUACAAAAGAGCUAAAUUUUAA